UAACAUGGUGGAUUUGUCAUGCCUGAACUGAAACUGGGUUGUUUGGGUUUCAAACACUAAAACAAAACACUAUAAAGCAUUCACAUCAUUUGAUUUUAUUGAAAAUAUACGAAAAACGUACAACUUAUAAACAUUGUAUACGUAAAGAUGAUAUAUUGCGAAUGACAAUGUCAAUUCGUGAAGUUAAAGUGUGUUUACUAGGGGAGUCUGGAGUUGGAAAGUCCAGCAUUGUUAUGAGAUUUGUGACAGAUUCCUUUAAACCAGCUUUAGAGAGUACAAUAGGAGCUUCUUUUAUGAGUAAGAAGAUUGCAGUUGAUGAUCAACAUUAUGCAUUCCAAAUAUGGGACACUGCUGGUCAAGAAAAGUAUAGAUCCUUAGCUCCAAUGUAUUAUAGAGGUGCAGCAGCAGCUAUCGUUGUUUAUGAUGUAUCGAGAGAUUCAACAUUUAAAACAGUGAAAGACUGGAUUAACGAACUGAAGAAAAAUGCAUCCCAUAAUAUUAUACUGGCUAUUGCUGGAAACAAAUGUGAUCUGGAAGAUCUGAGAGAAGUUAGCAAAAGGGAUGCAGAAGAGUAUGCCAGCCUAAUAAAUGCUAUAUUUAUAGAGACCAGUGCUCUGAAUGCUGUAAAUGUUCCUGAACUUUUUAUGAAAAUAGCUAGAAGCCUUCCAAAAGAGGAUAUGUAUUCUCCUAGAGCUACAAGUACUUUGAAUCUCAGACAUACACAGUCAAAGCCAAAAUCUGGUUGUUGUGGAGGUCAAAGUUCACCUUCAUGACCUACUGUGAUAUAUAGGUUAAGAAUAUUUAUAUGUUAAUAUGUUAUGUUUUUGUUACCAAAUUAUUAAUUAGCAUGACAGGAUAAUAAUUAUAUUUUUCAUGGUUGUAGACCAUCUGACAUUAAGGUCAUGAGGGUUAAAGGUUAUUGGUUUAAUUAAAAGACAUUUGAAAAAAAAGGAUCCUUUUUGGUUGAAGAAACAGUUGAUAGAUUCAUUUUAGAAUCAAAUAAUUGUUCAUUUGUGCUUAUCAGACCUUUUAUAUUGA